AUCAUUUAAUGUUUGACAGUUAAAGAGCAGAAAUGGCUGAUGGUAUUUAUGAAGAUGUGAUCAGGACUGAGUCUGAGGGAAUGAACACAGACAGAAUGGAGAUGAUAGUGGUAAUCUAUGAGAGUGCAGAAUGUGUGAGAGAUCAUGACUUCAGGACAGAGACAAACACACACCAACCACUUCAGCGUACAGGAAGUGUUUGUGUGAAGAUCAGAAGCUCCAGAGCAGCUGCAGUGUGUUUGGUGCUGCUGUGUGUUCUUCUGCUGACUGCAGUCAUAGUGCUGUGUGUCACGUUCACUCUAGAGAGACGACACUUAAUAUCCAAGAACAAAAACCUGACCAAUGAGAGAGACCAGCUGCUAACUAACAUCACCAACCUCUCAGAAGAGAGAGACCAGCUACUAAACAAGAACAUAGCCUUGACAAAUGAAAGGGAUGAAUUAACUAAAGAAAGAGACCAGUUCAAUCAGGAGAGAAAUGAACUGUGGAAGAUACUCAAUGAAAUGGGUGGAUAUAUUUAUCAAUCCAGUUUUUACUUCAUUUCCUCUGAGAAGAGGAACUGGAUUGAGAGCAGAAGAUACUGUACAGAGAGAGGAGCAGAUCUGAUCAUCAUAAACAACAGAGAGGAACAAGUGAGUGAAAGAGAGAUUGGGCACCAAAGGUUGUGCUGCUCACAGUAUGAAUGUCUACUCACCAACACAGACCUUAAAGUGGCCCUAUUGUGGCAUUUGAAAGGUUCCUAUUUUUGUUUUGGGAGUCUCCAACAACAGGUUUAAAAGCAUGCAAGGUCAAAAAACACUUUAAUUGUCUUAUAACCUGCAUUUAUUUUUACCUUGUUUGCUCAACGACUCCCAAACGAUUCGCUCAACGAUUCAGUUUGCUAAUCAGCAGUGAUUGGUCAGAUGACUUCUGCUGGUUAACAUGAAGUACAGUAUACAGUGCUUGCAUCACUUACAUUAUAUUAUAUUAAUGAUGGUGCUCCGUUCUGUUCUAAGAAUAAAGACUCAGAGAGGAAAUAAGUUGUUUUAGGUUUAUGUUAGUGAAUUAGCCCACAGCUCAUUGAUAAACACACAAACAGUCAUGGUAUAUGCAUUAGCCCAACACAGAAACGUAUUGAUAAAGCACUGCAGUUGUACACCAACGUACUGCUCUAUUCUUUAUCAUAACUCCAAGUAUAAUAACAACAAAAAAACAUUUGACACAUUUCUAGACAAUUGCGAGCGACACAUAUUGCUGUUAGCUGGUUAGCCGGAGACCUGCAAGCUGUGCGGAGCGAACACAACUUUGAUGACAGGAUUUUCAGUUUCAGGUGAAUUAACCCUUUAGACUUCCUGCUUCAUUCUACUAUGAUUUUCUUAAAAAGGAUAUCUGAUGGUAUUAGAGUCUGGAUUGGACUGUCUGACAGUGAUGUGGAGGGCAGAUGGAAAUGGGUUGAUGGCACCAACAUGACCUCUGGGUAAGAAAUCACUGAAUUAAACUGAUUAUUCUCUAAUAAAUGAUCAUAUCUCACAGUCAGUAUCAUAUCACACAGGAAGCAGCACUGAACAUCUAAUGCUGAUCUGUUCUUUCAGGAUCUGGAGGUCUGGAGAACCAAAUGGAUCUUAUUUAACAUUAUUUAUUAACAUAUUUAAUAAAGUCCAACCAAUGAGUUCAGUCAACUACAACCAACAGUAGCUUGAACUCAGACCACAAAACUAUAAGCUUUGAUGAAGACAAAGACUGAACAUUAAACCUUUAGAUGACACGCAGCUCAAAUACUGAAGAUUGACCAGAUCAAUACAGUGAGAGACACAGAUAACAUGCAGUCACUGAAACAAUGUUGAUGCUUCAACUUUAACAUUAGUGUUGAAACAAUGGUGAGAUUUCAACA